GUUCCAAAUGAGGAACUGAAGAAGCUUAUUGAAUGAGAAGUGAAACGUUUUCAAACAAAAACAAAGAAAAAUCCAGUUGCCUUUUAGAAAAGCAGCCUUGGAAGCUACGCAUUUGAUCAUUUCUAGGAUUUCCCCUAUUUAAGCUUUGUAGUUCUCCCCGCUGGCCACCAGAGGGCAAACCCAAACGCCCAUGCCUUCCUCCGCCCGGGAAGGACGAGGCUCCCUGAGCCUCACGUGACCUCGAAUCAUGUGACCCGCCUUUCGGCUCAAUAUGGCGGCCCCCAUGAAUUGCCUGUCUCACAUCGCAGGCAGCGGGCUCGGAGGUCUUGCCCUGGCCGCGUUUUUUGGGGGGCUGAUUCACUGCUUUGGGGGAGUUCACGGCAGCGCCGGAGCCUGGAAUUCUUUGAACGACGACGUCUUGCUGCCCUAUCUCCUUCCUCAGCAUGGCCCCCGGCACCCCCAUCGGUACAUCCGAGACUGCCAGGGUCUCCUGCAUGGCAAUGCGACCCAUGAAACCUGGCCCAGCCACAACAGCACUACCUCCCCUCUGCCUGUUAUGUAUACAUUUGUUUCAGACAUCCCACCGCACCGUUCCAAUCGCCGCCGGGUGUACGGCCACUUGACGGUUGUGCCAGACCCCCUGAGGACUUUUUCUGUCCUAGAGCCUGGGGGGCCGGGGGGCUGCCAUUUCCGCCACAGAGCCACCGUGGAAGAGACGGUGAGUCGACGUCAGUGCCUUGUGGCCCAGAAUGGAGGCUAUUUUGAUAUGAACACUGGAGCAUGCUUAGGGAACGUGGUCAGCAACAGGCAGCUGGUACAGUCCUCUGGCGGAGUGCAGAAUGCUCAGUUUGGAAUCCGGAAAGAUGGCACUUUAGUCAUUGGCUACCUCUCCGAGGAAGAAGUCUUUGCUGCAGAGAACCCUUUUGUGCAGCUUGUAAGCGGGGUAGGUUGGCUUCUGCGUGACGGAGAGGUCUACGUGAAUCAGAGCCAAAUGGCAGAAUGCGACAAGACUCAGGAAACAGGGACCUUUGAAGGUUUUGUCAAUACUGUGUCUGCCAGGACGGCCAUGGGGCAUGACCGACAAGGGCGGCUCGUGUUGUUUCACGCUGACGGGCAGACGGGCGUCAGAGGCCUGAACCUCUGGGAAAUGGCAGAUUUUCUAAAGGAGCGCGGUGUGGUGAAUGCAAUCAACCUGGACGGUGGAGGAUCAGCUACUUUCGUCGUCAAUGGAACCCUUGCUAGCUACCCUUCGGAUCACUGUGUGUUUGACUCUACCUGGCGCUGCCCUCGGAGCGUUUCAACUGUCCUGUGCGUGCACGAGCCUGCCUGCCAACCUCAAAACUGCAGCGGGCAGGGGCACUGCGUUCUUGGACAUUGCCACUGCCAUGGAGCCUUCUGGAGCGGGCCAGCCUGCGAUGUGCUGGACUGUGGCCCUUCCAACUGCACUCUACACGGAAUGUGCACGGAGAUGGGAUGUGUCUGUGAUGCUGGCUGGAUGGGUGAAAACUGCACCCAAGCUUGCACCAGUGGUACCUACGGGGAUGGCUGUGCUCAGAAAUGCCUCUGCCGCCACAACGGCACGUGUGACCCUGUGCACGGAUCUUGCGCUUGCCCAGCGGGCUUCCAAGGGAUCUUCUGCGAAGAAGCCUGUCCUCUCGGACGAUUCGGACCCAACUGUCAGCAGACCUGUCAGUGCCCAAACCAGUGUUACUGUGAUCGGAGGACAGGCAGUUGCAAUAUUUCUCUAGACUCCACCAUCCUGGCUGAGCCGUGCCUGCUACAUGCUACCUCAAAGGAAGAGUCCCUUUUCUCCGAGAAAACCUGGAUCGCAAUAAGCCUUGUUUUGCUUGGCCUGCUUUUGCUCAGCGUGUUGAGUAAUGUCAUACUGGCUCUGCGCAGCUGCACCAACAAGCGUCACAAACACGGACAGUAUAACUCUAUCCCCCUGGAAGAGGUGAAUGGGGGGACCAAAGACCGGGGUCUGUCAGCAGCUUGGGAGGUCGACGAUCCCGCCGAGACUGCCUGGGACUCGAAUCAGAUGGAAAGUGUUAUGCUGCUGUGACCAAAAAAGUUUCUCAUCCAUGGAGCAGAAAACUCGGGAGAUACCACUGUUUCUCACUGCAGAAGUUUGGCUCCAUCGCUCGGCAAUCGGUUGCCAUUUUUCCCUAUUGCCUUAAUUGGAACCAGUGGCCUACGAGGGAUCCGGGACAGGGGGAGCUUCCAUACUGGUAUGGAAAUAUUUCGUCCCAUCAAGUUUUGGAGAGAAGCUCCAAGUUGGUCCCCAGAGAUGUCCAUCUCUCGAAUGCUUCCAUAGCACUAGACAGCAGCAUCUUCAUAGUUGAAAUGCUGUAGAACGAGGGUCUUCAAACUUGGCCAGUUUAAGACUCUUGUGGACUUCAACUCCCAGAAUUCCUCCGCUGGCUGAGGAAUUCUGGAAGUUGAAGUCCACAAGUCUUAAAUUGGCCAAGUUUGAAGAUUCCCUGAUGGAGAAGCACAAACGGAUGAUUUUGAGAGACAGGAAAUGAUUUUUUUUUUUUUGAGGAUUCCUCAUGUCUUGCAGCAUUUAGACACCUCAAGAUGUUUAUAGAUAGUCCCUUAGUUUGUGACCAUGGGUGACUGUUAGCAUUUACAAGGCACUGAAUAAAGUGACAGGUUUUCACGCUUAACGACCGUUGCAGCAUUCCCAUGGUGACAUGAUCCACAUUCGGGCACUUGGCAACUGGCCUGUAUUUAUGACCAUUGCACUCUUUCUUCUUGGUCAUGUGAUCAGCCUUCCCAACCAGCUUCUGACAAGCCAAGUCAAUGGGGGAAGUGCGAUUCGCUUAACAACCGAAUGAUUCAUUUCACAGUUAACGACUAUUCGCUUAACUGUGGCAGAAAAAAAAAGGCAAAACGGGGCAAAACCCCUUAAUUGCCUUGCGUAGCAAUAGAAAUUUUUGUGAUUGUAAGCCAAGGACUACCUGUAGUAUAUAUUUGUCCUCCACCACACACGCAUUCCUGACAAAAAAGAGGGGGGGGGACUUGUUCUCUGGACAUCUUUGGACCACAACUUCCAUCAUCCCACGGGGUGGCUUGGCCACAGAAAUGGGCUUUGGAGCCAGCCAGCUUUGGGAACGCUGCUGAUUCUCUAAAUCAAGGAUGAGCCACUUUGACAACUUGAAGACGUGUGGACUUCAACUCCCAGAAUUCCCAGCCAGCCAGUCCUGUGGUUCUCUGCUUACGUCUUACGUAGAGGUGCCUUUGUGUAUAUGAACGAUAGGAUACGGUUCAUCACUGUGUGAUUGAUAACGCUUGUUGCCUUUUUCUUCCUCUUCUCUUGGACUUAACCACUUGGAACCAAAAAAAACCCUGCUUUUUUUAAAAGAUGAUUUAGCGUAUCCUUCAACGUAAACUUCUGUCAAUCCAGGAAUAUGUUUUUCUCUGUUGAAAUAAAGAAUCCCGUUUCCUUAACCCAGGUGUUUCUCAACUGGAAACUGUGGAGACAUCAACCCCCAGAAUUCCCCAGCCAUCUUUAAGCUGUGUAGACUUCAACUUUAAAUUGUCCAUGACGCCAGUAGCAUGCUGGCUGGGGAAUUCUGAGAAUUGUAAGUCCACACAGGUGAAAAGUCGCCAAGGUUGAGAAACACCAGUUUAACGCAUAGGAGGCAAUCGUUUGAACAUGUAGCUGGAAAUGGGGAAAGUUGCCACAGCCAACUUAACACAGCGCAGUUCGCUGCGGGACAAUUUAACCAAUUCUAUUUAAUUAUUUAAAAUAAAUAAAAACCAAUUUUUACCAUUCGCAUUUCAUUCUGUCCCUCCUUUUGCAUCUUUUAAUGCUUCUAUUACACCAUUUCUUCGAUAUUAGUAUAACUCUUGUCCCACAGCGAGUUUUGCCGUGGCAAAUUGUCAUAGACCCCAUAUAGCCAACCCAAAAUAUCAACAUGAUCUGGGCUUGUAUAUUUGAUAUUUGUAGAUCCAUUUUUAUUCGGUGGAAUUGCAGAAAAGGUUUGGAAUUUUAUCUGCCAACUUUUUUUAAUGGCAUUUUUUUUUCUUUCCAAAAUGACCUAUUCUACUUGACUGUAUCUUUUUUUUACUCCCUCUUGCUGAUUUAGAAAAAUACGUUGUCUUUUUAUAUAUUUUUUCCCCCAAUGUAGAGAAGAAAAAUAAUUGGUGGAAAAGGUUUCAGGGAUGUGAUACUGGUUACUGUAGUUUAACAAGCCAGGAUUUCUAGGCUAAAAGGUGAUAUAAGUAGUCACAAAUUUUAUUCUGCAGGCUAGAAUAAUAAGAGAUGCAGACCCAGUGUUGACUAGUUGCUAAUCUUUUUUAUCAGAGAUUUCUGAGAAACGUAUGUUAAUCUCUUAAAAAGUGUUUUUUUAAGUAAUAUAUUUGAAAAGAUGUACAUUUUCUUAGGAUAGCAAUAGGAGUAUCUUUUAAUAAUAUAUUUUGAAGCAAAAAUUAAUUCUUUCUGAGCCAGCCUUUUUGAUGCACUUUGAUCUGUAUUUCCUUUUUGUAUUUUACGCACCACUCAAGUGAAAAGUGGAAUUCCCGGGCCACGUUUGAAAAGUCAGAGUAUGUCAGUUCUUCUAGAAAAUAAAGCCUUAAGGAGACUUUGCUUUGUGGUUUAUGUGGAAAUAAACUUUUUAUAGAAAUAAAUUCACAUUCUGCUUGCUUCACUCUUUGCUUCCUUGUGAUUUAGUGGGCUGAAGGGGGGAAAAAAUGAGGUAUAUUCUGGUUUAAAUAAAAUGGGAAGAUUCCCCACCAUCCAAUCAGAACUGAAGAAGCUUCUUGGAGAGAAUUGAAACGUCUUCAAGGAAAAAACGAGAAAGUCCAGGGGCCUCUUGAAAAAACACCUUUGGGAUGGGAAGAGGAAAUUUCUCAUAGUUAUAUAUGACUAAGUGACAUUGCCUGCCCUACAGCAACCUCCUUCAAUGGCUAGUCAGAUUCAACAUAGAUCCAGUACGGUUCUCGCUCCUGAAUGAAACACACUUGUAACCCUGACUGAAAAUGCAGCCAAAAAAACCCGCCUUGCAGUGAAUUUAGUUUUCAGCUUUGACUUUUUGAGUUUCGCUUACAAUAACGAGGCAAUUCUUCAGGAUGGAACCGGACUGGGCUCUCCAGUCAAGUUUUUAGACGGCUGCAGAGAUUGAAUAGCACCUCUUUGCUGUUUUUGAUAAUGCAGCAAGGCUGAGUCGCAGUGACACAACCACAGAGCUUAGAGUCUGGGGGCUCUCAAGCAAUUUCCAGCCCUUUGGAAAAAGGGAUAUAAGAUGCAGGAAGCCUGCCCUCACUCAGACUCCCGAUUCUUGCCUUGCUUUGUCAACUGUGCACAAAGGCCUUUCUUCAAAACUAUCCACCAUCUAAUGAGAAUUUGCAUAUAGAAAUUGGGAGCAGGUUAGGAAGCAUCCUUAGGCUGGUGGGAUGGAAGGGGGAAAUCUGAAUUGGCCAUCACUCCCAUCUUCUUCUUUUUUCUUCAACCCACAUCUUUAGAGAGAAGGAAAGAAAACGAAGGACCUUGAUCUGCUGUUUCCAGAAUAAAAAGUGCUGUCAAAAAAAAAA